GUCGGAGGCGUUCUCGCGAGACGCGUCGUCGGCGCCAUCCCUCCCGCCUCAGCUGCGCAGCUCGCUCCGCCGCGAGCGCUUCCUGGGCCUUUUUGAGGGCGAGUUCGGCGGGGCCCGUUGCGCCGGAAAGUCAGCUGGGGAAGGGGGUGAGGUGCUGCCGCAAAAUGGACUGGGCUGGGAAACAUAAUGGUCCAAAUGAUUCAUCUAGUGAUGGAACAGUACGAUUGCGUGGUCUGCCAUUUGGCUGCAGCAAGGAGGAGAUCGUUCAGUUCUUUCAAGGGUUGGAAAUCGUGCCAAAUGGGAUAACAUUGACGCUGGACUACCAGGGGAGAAGCACAGGGGAGGCCUUCGUGCAGUUUGCUUCAAAGGAGAUAGCAGAAAAAGCUCUGGGGAAACACAAGGAAAGAAUAGGGCACAGAUAUAUUGAGAUCUUCAAAAGUAGUAAGAGUGAAAUCCGAGGAUUCUAUGACCCACCACGAAGAAUGAUGGGACAGCGACCUGGACCAUAUGAUAGACCAAUGGGAGGAAGAGGGGGUUAUUAUGGAGCUGGGCGUGGAAGUAUGUAUGACAGAAUGCAUCGAGGAGGUGGUGGAUAUGACGGUGGGUAUGGUAGCUUUGAUGAGUAUGGUGGCUAUAACAAUUAUGGCUAUGGAAAUGAUGGCUAUGAUGACAGAAUGAGAGAUGGGAGAGGAAUGGGAGGCCAUGGGUAUGGUGGAGCAGGAGAUGCCAGCUCAGGCUUUCAAGGUGGUCAUUUUGUUCACAUGAGGGGAUUGCCAUUUCGAGCUACAGAAAAUGACAUAGCUAAUUUUUUUUCACCACUGACCCCUAUAAGAGUUCAUAUUGACAUUGGAGCAGACGGUAGAGCAACAGGCGAAGCUGAUGUAGAAUUUGUGACACAUGAAGAUGCAGUGGCUGCCAUGUCAAAGGAUAAAAAUCAUAUGCAACAUCGAUACAUUGAGCUGUUCCUGAAUUCAACUGCUGGAGGCGGUGCUGGCAUGGGAGGCUAUGGCAGAGAUGGCAUGGAUCAAGGUGGUUAUGGUUCCGUUGGAAGAAUGGGAAUGAGCAGCAGUUAUAGUGGAGGAUAUGGUACUCCUGAUGGAUUAGGUGGCUAUGGUCGUGGCAGUGGAAAUAGUGGUGGAUACUAUGGUCAAGGCAACAUGGGAGGAGGUGGAUGGCGCGGAAUGUAUUGAAAAGUCACAUUGUGUCUACAAAGCGUAUUGGAAGGAGACAGUACCUGGUCUACUAGGCUUUCUUACAAAAUUUAAAUUUCUUUUGUAUUGAAAACUUUAUAAUGACUGAAGGAAUGUGUUUUCCCAUUAUUUGGUAAGCAACAGAUUGCGAUGGGGAAAUCUGUUUUCUGUAGGUUUUAUUUGUUGCAUACUCUUGACUUUAAAUAAAUUUUUUAUAUUCAAACCACUGAUGUUGAUACUUUUUAUACUAGUUGUUCUAAAAGGUAUGUUGCAUAUUCCAAAACUCUGUUCAUUUAAGAGAUUCAGAUCAUUAAAACUGUUGUCUCAUUAUUGAUACAACAUUCUGUAAAAUGAAGCAACCAUCAACUUGAUAGUACAUUUGUUGAGAUUUGAAGCAAAAGCAUAGGAUAGUUUCCUUCAGUUAAUCUGUUGCAAAAUGCUUGCCAGUGAAGACAUGUUCCCAAAGCAAAAUGUCUCAAACUGUGCUGAGCACGAUGGCUGUGAGUUAAAAUUCUGGAAUGACCCUAAUUGAUGUUUGAACUAUGUGCAUUCCAGAAAUCUCUUAACUCUUAAAGUAUAUGUAAGUCAUUGGUACACAUCUGCAUCAAUUUUCAUACUCUUAUCUUUUGCAAUCAGAUUUUCAGACAUGGUAUGUUGUGAAUAAUAUCGUAUGGCCAAUAUCAGAUAUGAAGCAUCCAAUUAUUAUUUUAGUGGACUAAAGCAACAUCCAUAGGACGAUCAGUAACUAUUUUCCUAGAAGUAAACAUUUAAGUUAGGGAUGCUGUUCCUAUUGCUGACGACAGGCAUUUCAAACAGAGAUUAACAGAUGAUUAGAUUACACAAAUAUGUGGUCUGGUUGCUGUGCAUUUAACAUGUAAAAUGUUUGGAUAAAAUACUGUUUAGACACUUAAGCAUUCUCUGUGUGUUGAAGAAAAGGUACUACAUAUUUAUGGUUGUUGUUUAUUUCCUUCCAUUUCAAUUGCUUGAAAUCCUACAAAUUCUUCCCAACAAUUUGUCAAGUGUGAUCAAUUACUGAAACUUUGUUGCCUGUUUUUGCUAGUAAUGUUAUGUAUGUAAUAAAUGUCUUAUUGUGGGAGAUAGCAAAA